CACAGAGCCGUGAGUGAGCGAGGCUGUGACAGUUGUCGGGGCCUGAGUAUCAUCGUGUCGCCGGUAUCAUCAGCAGAAGCAGCAGAUGAAGGAGAAGAGCAAGAACGCAGCGCGCAGUCGCCGGGAGAAGGAGAACGCCGAGUUCCUGGAGCUGGCCAAACUGCUGCCAUUGCCCAGCGCAAUCACCAGUCAGCUCGACAAGGCGAGCAUCAUCAGACUCACCACCAGCUACCUCAAGAUGCGACACGUCUUCCCGGACGGUCUGGGAGACGCCUGGGGAGCUGCUCCGCCGCCUGUCAACCCAAGGGAGUCCUGCAUCAAGGAACUGGGUUCGCAUCUGCUGCAGACGCUGGAUGGCUUCAUCUUCGUGGUCGCGCCCGACGGCAAAAUCAUGUACAUCUCAGAGACGGCUUCAGUGCACCUCGGCCUGUCCCAGGUGGUGGAGCUGACCGGAAACAGUAUCUACGAGUACAUCCACCCGGCGGAUCACGACGAGAUGACGUCAGUGUUGUCCAGUCCCCAGCCUCUUUUCCAACAUGGCGGCCACCUGCAGUCACACGAAUUCGAGGUGGAGCGCGCAUUCUUUCUGCGCAUGAAGUGCGUUCUGGCGAAACGAAAUGCGGGGCUCACAACCGGCGGAUACAAGGUGAUCCACUGCUCGGGGUACCUGAAAGUGAAACAGUUCUCGCUGGACACGGCGCCCUACGACUCCUGCCUGCAGAACGUGGGGCUCGUGGCCGUGGGCCACUCCCUGCCCCCCAGCGCCAUCACAGAGAUCAAACUGCACUGCAACAUGUUCAUGUUCCGGGCCAGCCUGGACCUCAAGCUGAUCUUUCUGGACGCGAGGGUGGCACAACUGACGGGCUACGAACCCCAGGAUCUCAUCGAGAAGACCCUGUACCACUACGUCCACGGCUGCGACAUGAUGCACAUGCGCUUCUCGCACCACACGCUUUUGUUCAAGGGCCAAGUGACAACCAAAUACUUCCGCUUUCUGACGAAAGAUGGCGGGUGGGUGUGGAUGCAGAGCUACGCAACAAUUGUACACAACAGCCGCUCCUCGAGGCCCCACUGCAUUGUCAGCGUCAACUACGUGCUCAGCGACCUGGAGGCCAAGGACCUGGUUCUGAACGAGGAGCAGCUGGGGACCCGCGAGGAGGUGGCGAUGCCGGAGGCGGCCAAGACGAGGGCCACUGCCACCCGCACUGCACAGCCCAAGUAUCGCGCCACCCCCCAGCCGCCUCCACCCCAAGACGACUACAGCGAUUCCAGCGGGGGACUGUACCCUGGCCAGUUCCUCCAGUUCGGGGGGGAGGACCCCACGUACACAUACCCGACCGACCUCUUCUAUCCUGCGUACCCUGACCCGCGACCCUAUAGUUCCUCGUCUAGUUCCUGCAGCAGUUCCACAGAGGGCAGUACCGAGCACCAACACCUUCAGAACCAGAUGUUCGCCCCGUGUGGCCAGCAGACCACGGCGGACCAAUUCGGUGGGCUGGCAUGUACUCUGGGGGGCUUCCCCCCGCAACAGCAGCAGCAGCAGCAACAACAACAACAGCCGGGGUACACGAGCGUCAUAGUGGACACCCAGCAGUACCAACUGGCUAACGAGUACGUACAUUGAUAUGAUUGUCUUACUGCAUGAAUUGGUGUCGAACCCAGUACUGUACAAGUCGAGUGCUGGUUCCUGGUUGCAGGAUCAUUAUCCCGGAUUGAGGGCGCCCCUGACGGUGAGGACCGGCGUGACAAGUCUUCCAGAUGCCGCAGUGGCGGCUAGUGGCAGAUUUAAUUUCAAUUGUGUGUUGUAAUAUAUAAUAUACGAGUCACUAGCCGCCACUGGCCAACUACCAGCGGAAACAUAUCCCAUGUUAUUACACGUCACUUAAUUAUGGCAGCUGGCAGUGCAUCGUAAAGAACGCCAAUGACAACUGUACAUAAUGUUACCAACUUUAUCAAAUUAAGUAAAAUAAAUGUAUUUUUUCCUUCUA